ACUUAGCGGAGCAAAUAGUAGUUUAGUUCAUGUUGUAUGAAUGGUGCCGCUUUAGAAUUGAUUUCUGUAAAAAAAAAAAAAGGAACUUCAUCACCAAUGAUGUCUACAAGAACAGUAACAGGCUCGAAGAUGAGCAGCAGCACGUGGAGCUCAGAAAGCAGCCCAGUUUCACAGCUGUGCUCCAGCAAGCCCACAAGGAAGUGUCCUGCAAACACAAGAGCGAAAGAACACAGAUCUGGGAUCGUGGCAGCAGCUUCGAAGACUUCAGAUGACAAGAGGAGAGCCCGUGAGGAUGAUCGGCAGAAUCACAAGAUGGAGCCAGCCAAGUCCUUAGAAACAGCCUUGGUCAGAAACCUGGGCCAGCUGACUUUUACUGAGAAGCAGAACAGGAGUGCAAGACCCCCGAGAGGUAGCGGAGUUUCGGCACCUAAACACUCUGCAGCUGCAAACCCCCGCAGAGCUCCCAGCCAGCUGAGAAACCUGGAGGACGUCGCUAGACUGAUACAGCAGAGACCUUGCAGGAAUAUCAUUGUGGUGGCCGGUGCUGGGAUCAGCACUGCAAGUGGCAUACCUGACUUCAGGACCCCAGAAUCCGGGCUGUAUGCGAAUUUACAGAAGUACAACAUCCCUUAUCCAGAAGCCAUUUUUGACAUUGACUACUUCACCUGUGAUCCUCAGCCUUUCUUCUCUCUGGCCAAAGAACUCUACCCUGGAUGCUACCGGCCCAACUAUGUCCACUACUUUGUGAGGAUGCUGCAUGAGAAAGGGUUGCUGCUGAGAAUGUACACCCAGAACAUCGAUGGCUUGGAGAGAAUUUCUGGGAUCCCAGAAGAGAAGCUUGUGGAGGCUCAUGGGACAUUCUCCUCUGCGUCCUGUCAUUUGUGCUACACAAAAUUCCCAGUGACCGAAGCAAAGAAACUGAUAUUGAGCAACAAGGUCCCAAGAUGCAAAAAUUGUCAAGGAACGGUAAAACCGGAUGUUGUGUUUUUUGGAGAAGAUCUGCCCAAAAAAUUCUUCUUGCACACCAAAGAUUUUCCCAAAGCUGAUUUACUUAUCAUAAUGGGAACAUCCCUACAGAUUGAACCUUUUGCCAGCAUUGUCAAUACUGUGAAGGCCACUGUACCUCGUCUCCUGCUGAAUCGAGAUCCAAUAGGUCCGUUUCAGAAGAUCCCAUUAAAGAGAACCGACUUCAUGGAGCUGGGAGACCUGGUGGACGGUGUAAAAAUGUUUGCUCGGCAUCUAGGAUGGCAUGAGGAGAUUGAAGACCUGAUCAGACGCCACGAAUGUGUGGUGACUAAUGGCCACCCGUCUGUGAGUAGCAGAGUGUCCCCCAAGGUGCCCCCUCAAGCUGUGCCCUCGGCACAGGUGAAGCCGAAGAGUGCCAACCCUGGAAAGGAGCGAACGAAGAGCACAUCCAGGCCGGCUGCUGUGCAGAGAAGGAAGAAAACGGCUCCGGAAGACAGUUCUUCCUCUGACUCGGACACUGAAAGCACUAGCAGCUCAGGCCUCAGUAAUUAAGCUGCAAGUUUCACAUUUUUAUACCCAAGUAGGUCACUGUCUGGCCUAGAGAGUGUUGAAAUUUUAUCAGAGUCUCUAUUUUUCUAUUCUUCUGAACAGUGAGCUACUGUCCUCACUGUCCUUUAUUGUUAAUUAUGACUUUUUCCUUUAUCAAGAUUAACAUUUUUCUUGUUUUGUUUUUUUGGUGCAAUGUCAUUAUCAUCUGCUUUUUUUAAAAAGUAACAUUA